CCAAAAUGCACUAAGAACAGCCAAGAGUAGUAGCGAUAUUUUCGCCUUCCUAAUCCCUUUUUCUCUCAUUCCACCAUGUUCUUCCAAAGAUUCUUUGCAAUGGCGAAUUACAGCUUUUCAUCAUCACCAUCAUCUUCCUCUAAAACCUCGAUACAAGCUAUAUACGACAUCUGCAAGAAGAAUUUGACGCCCAUAAGCGCACCGCCUCCUGAAGUCAUCCAUGAGCUCUCUUCUCUACUCGAUACAAUUGGUCCUGCUGAUGUUGGGCUGAAAGAAGAACACCAAGAGGAUGAUCGUGGUCAUGGUCUUUCUACACCCAAUACUUUCAAUAGAGUAGAUCGUUGGGCCCAACCAAUAACAUAUGUCGAUUUAAAUGAAAGCCAGAGUUUUACUAUGUGCAUGUUUUGCUUCCCCACUUCCUCAGUUAUACCGCUCCAUGAUCAUCCAGAAAUGACCGUUCUGAGCAAGGUCUUGUAUGGUUCUUUGCAUGUGAAAGCUUAUGAUUGGGUUGAACCAGCUUGCAUCAAGGAUUCAAAGGAAACUGCUCGAGCUCCAGUUAGGUUAGCGAAGUUGGUUGUCGACAAAGUCCUGUCAGCACCAUGUAGUGCUUCAAUUUUGUAUCCAAAAACAGGAGGGAAUCUCCAUUGUUUCACUGCCAUCACCUCUUGUGCUGUACUUGACAUUCUCACACCACCAUAUGAAGAAUCUGCAGGCAGAAAGUGUACUUACUACCGUGAUUAUCCGUACUCCAGUUUCCGAAGUGGUGACGAGCCAGUUGCUGGAAAAGAAGAUGAAUACGCAUGGCUCGAAGAGAUAGAGACACCAGAUGAUCUCUAUAUGCGGCAGGGGAUAUAUGGAGGACCACCUAUUCAGAUCUAGACUUCAUUAAUGGGCAAGUUCUCGCACGAACUCUGAACCGAUGUGGCUCAUUUGUUCAAAUAGCAGCUAGCCUAGGACUAAUGGGGUUUAUUUAAUCUCGUUCAGCACCCUAGGCCAAAUUGGCUGUGUUAGCCCAGUUGACAUGGUAAAAAGUAGAAACUGUCGUUAGUAAAAUUAAAAUAUUACACCAAGCCAUGGUUUACUUUGUCACUUUCUCUCU